AUGGAACAAGCGCGACGAAACAGCCUUUUAAAGAAACAACAAGAGACGCAAUCGGUGAAGAAGAUCGAUGACGACGAGGAGGAUGAGGAAGAAGCAUUGAUUGCCGAUGGCGGACUAGCUGAAGAUGAUGAUGACGACGAAACAGAAUGCAACGAUAAUGAUGAUGAUGAUGAAGAGGAAGUUAGUAAGAGUAAGCGAUGUGACCUGCUUGACGACGAAGCGGAAGUAGACGAAGAUGACGAAGAAGACGAUGGGGCAUUGGUAAAUCAAGCAGCUGAGUGCGAAGAAUCGAAUGAAGAAUCAAGCGAUGAAGACAGUGAGCAAGAAUCCAAAGACGAAUCUGCCAUUCCUGAUAAGGAGAAAAGAAAGAGCCGAAUCAUUGCAGCAUUUGAAGAUUCAGAUGAAGAAGUUCUAGAAAAAGAAUCAAAGGCGAAUGAAACGAAGACUGUAGAAAGAACGACUACCGAGGAAUUGUUUUCUACUCUAGAAGGUAAUGAGAAAUUCACUCUCUCCGAUCGUAACAAUCUCGAAACCGGCGAAAAUAUGACGCUACUAUGGAAGGACACUGAAGAACAGGAAUCUGCUAAUGCCCAUGCGGAUGAUGAAGACCUCUUAGCAUUGUGUUCCGGCCGGUUCGAAGCAACGCAAGCUCGUCCACCGCUAUCGAACUCCGAGUCAAUAGCCACUACCCAAGCAAUGACGACUCCUUCCGAUUUUAUCCUCACCGAAAGUGAUCGCAUGACGGCAGAAAGUGAGCAACCUAUUACAACUGCUGCCCUUUUACACAGCAUGGCAAUCAACAGGUUGACGAUGGUGAGUUGAUAGCGCUCUGCUCGGGAACGUUUGCUACUCAGCGACAAACGUCAGACCUUGAGGCAGAAACAACCUCUACCAUCAGAAGUGACCACCAAUGGAAAGUUGGUCAUAGCUUCUUCGGACGAGGAAAAUUUACAACAAGACGAGGAAGAAAAGACGAAAAAGAAACGUAAACGACGAAAGCUCAAUAUAUCAGACGACGAAGAAAGUGAAAUGGAAUCCGAGGCGGAUGAAAUCGGUGAUGCAGACGAUGGAGAAGUGGCAGAGGAUGAAGACGAGCCAGAACGGUUCGUGGACUACGAUUCGGAAGAGAAUGAAGUCGAAGUAGUGCUGAGCAAGAAGGACAAAGAGAAGGUGGCCAAAACUUUUGUGGAGAAUGAAGCCGAACUGUCGGAGUCGGAAUGGGGCAGCGCGGAUGAGGACGAAAAGGAUCUCGAUCGGUACGAUAUCGAGCUUUGGUGACGAGGAAAAGUUCGAUCAAGAAAAGUUGCAGGAAGAGUUGGAGCGGAUCCAUAUGCGGAGGAUAUUGGAGCAGGAUAAAAAAGAGGUGAAGACAUUGCAGGACAUGUUCUUCGAGAUGAAGAGAAAGAUGGCGUAGGUCGAGAGAGGCAAUUCCGAUGGCGCAAUGUGGAAACAACUUUUACUUUGGAUUACGAUAACAAGGGAAAAGAUGAACAGAAGGCCGAGGGCGAAGAAAGUGACGGUGAGACGGAGGCUCAGUGGCGCAAAAUGAGAUUCGAACGCGAGAUGUUGCUUAAGGAGAAAAAAAUCGAUUUGGAUUCGAUUGAUUUGAGUGGGUCACUAGGAGAUCAAUCUGUCCAGGAGGACGUGGAGAAUAACCCCAUUGCUGAUAAUCAAUCCACGUUGGUGAUGAAGCGGAAACUAACUGUUGUUCGACAGAUAAAGACUGUUGAAGCCAGCAAUAAACCGCAAGAAUCCUGUUUUCUAAUUAAACAGUCUACAAGUUUGCUGGGCCACAGUAAAGCAUCCUUUUUAACGCGCGAUUCAGAAACACUCAAACGGCUGGCCAAUUUAGCCAAAGUAAACCCGGAAACUGAAGGACUAAAUACAGCCACGGCAGGAAAAGGUAGAAAUUUCGUGUUCACCGCCGUCAGCCCAGCUGUGGAUAAAAUGGGAUCCAAACGCUCAUCGGAUGCCGCAGAACUCAAUGAAUCAAAUAACAGUGCUAAAAAAGUGAAAACGACUGACGAGUCCCCAAAGGCGGAAAGCAAAAAAAGGCUGCUACUAGCACAGCUCAUGUAGAUAAGAAUUUUGAUCUAUUUGUACAGAAUAUAUAAAAUAUAAGUUAAUUA